GUGUCAAAGUGUGGAAAACAAGUGAACACGGGAAGGACUCGGAAGGAAGUUGCUGUCCUUCGUUUCUUCCCACGAGCUGGAGAGAGAGAGAGUGAAGAGUGUGAACUAAUAGAUAGAACAGAACUCAGAACAGAGAGAUGAGGAGAGAGAUGAUGAUGAUGGGGGAGACAUGGGCCGGACUGGGAUCAAUAGUUGCCGGAAUCAUGUUCGCGUCGGCGAUGUUCCAGCAAUACUUCCCUCGACAUCUCCGGGAUCUCAUACAAGCUUACGCCUUCCACUUCCUAAAUUUCUUGAAUCCAUAUAUUCAGAUCAGCUUCCAUGAGAACACCGGAGGUCGUUUCAGCAGAAACGAAGCUUACACCGCCAUCGAAGCCUACCUCGGAACCCAUUCCUCCUCACAAGCGAAGCGACUCAAAGCCGAUAUCACCACCAACUCUGCAAAUCUAGUCCUUAACCUUGACAACCACGAGGAGGUCACCGACCUCUUCAAGGGUGUCAAGUUCUGGUGGAAGUCACAAGUCCACACCACCAACCGUCCCCAACCUUACUACGGUGGCAGUGACUACUCCGAGGAGAAGCGUUCUUUCAAGCUCUCCUUCCACAAGCGCCACCGCGACCUUGUCAGAGAUUCCUACCUCAAACAUGUUCUCGAGGAAGGGAAGAACGUGGUGGUGCGGAACCGUCAGCGGCGGCUCUACACCAACAAUUCCGGCGGAUGGAGAGGUUCCUGGACUCACGUGGCUUUCCAGCACCGAGCCACCUUCAAGAAUCUGGCUAUGGACCUACAGAAGAAGAAGGAGAUCGAGGAGGACCUUUUCACCUUCAGUAACAGCAAGGAUUACUACGCCAAGAUCGGGAAAGCUUGGAAAAGGGGUUAUUUACUGUACGGCCCUCCAGGUACCGGAAAGACCACCAUGAUCGCCGCCAUGGCUAAUCUAUUGAAUUACGACAUCUAUGACCUCGAACUCACCGCCGUGAAGAGCAAUACGGAUCUGCGGAGGCUCUUGAUUGAGACUUCCGGCAAGUCCAUCAUCGUUCUCGAGGACAUCGAUUGUUCGCUUGACCUGACCGGAAAGAGAAAAAAAGAAAAGGAAAAGGAGAAGAAAGAUGAAAACGACCCAAAUCGGGUCCUCCCAAAGGGAAAGGAAGAGGGUAAUGAUGUUCGUGGCAGCGAUGUAACUCUCUCAGGGCUUCUCAAUUUCAUUGAUGGGUUAUGGUCAGCGUGUGGUGAGGAACGCAUCAUCGUUUUCACCACAAACCAUGUGGAUAAACUGGACCCAGCUCUGAUACGGAGUGGUCGUAUGGAUAAGCACAUUGAGCUUUCCUACUGUUCCUUUGAAGGGUUUAAGGUCCUUGCAGAGAAUUACUUGGAUAUUGAUUCUCACGAAUUAUUCGAUAGGAUUCGUGGGUUGUUGGAAGAAACCCAGAUGAGUCCUGCUGAUGUUGCAGAGAAUUUGAUGCCUAAAACCAUAAAGGGAGAUACAAAGACUUCUCUGGAGAACCUACUUAGCGCUCUUGAGAUGGCUAAGGAAAAGGCAAAAUCGCCAUCCACCAAGGAUGCUGAAGAAGGGAAGGUGAUAACCGAGAAAGAAGGGAAGGAGGAGGAGGAGUCAGUUUCAGACGAUAAGAAGGUGAAAAAGAUGAACAAAGACAAGAAGUCCCUGUUUUCCUGGUGCCGCCGGGCUUCUUCCAAAAAGAGAGGCAAAGUGGCUAACCAAUCAGUGCCUGAAAAGGAAAGGUAGUCUGUGGAAUCGAUCAUCUGGGAUUCUGGAUAUUAUACUCGGUAGAGCUUGAGCAGUGGUAGUACACUAGUAGUCCUUUGCUACAAGGGUAGCCAGUUUGGAGGAAUUUCAGUUCUGUACUGUUACUCUGUUUUGAUGAAGAUUCCCCUCAAAAUAAAUAAUGUAAUUAAAAUUUCAAAGAUAGAUCAUGGAUGGAUGAUGUAGCUUUCCAAUUGACAAAAGGGCAAUUCACUUUUUUUCUGUUUA